CAUUUCAAAUCAUCCCCUCAAGGUGCUGUUAUUGCUAGAGGUCACAAGAGAGGGAGAGCAACCAUGAAAGAGGGAAGGUGUGACAGGCUGCUCGUGAGAACUCUUCCUUUUCUUGAACAGAUUUAAGUUUGGCCUUUAGUUUAAUACAAGAUGGGUGGCUUUAUAUCAAGAUUUUGGUUUAUGUUGUUUCCGGCGAAGGAGUAUAAGAUAGUGGUUGUUGGAUUAGAUAACGCUGGCAAGACAACUACCCUUUAUAAAUUGCACUUGGGAGAAGUUGUCACUACACAUCCCACGGUUGGGAGUAAUGUUGAAGAGCUUGUGUACAAAAACAUUCGGUUCGAGGUCUGGGAUCUUGGUGGGCAAGAACGGUUAAGGACGUCAUGGGCAACAUACUAUCGUGGAACUCAUGCCGUCAUAGCAGUGAUAGACAGCGCCGACCGCGCAAGGAUCAAUAUUAUGAAGGAUGAACUCUUUCGAUUGUUACAACAUGAGGAUCUUGAACAUUCAGUCAUUCUUGUUUUUGCAAACAAGCAAGACCUCAAGGAUGCCAUGUCCCCAGCCGAGAUCACCGACAACCUUGCACUUCAUAGUAUCAAGAAUCAUGACUGGCAUAUCCAAGCUUGCUCUGCCCUCACAGGAGAAGGGUUAUAUGAUGGUUUGGGGUGGGUAGCACAACAUGUAACUGGCAAGGAUACGAGUUAAAGUUACCCCAAGUCUCUGAUUGAAGCGUGGAAAGCUUUUGUUUUGUGUACAAUUCAGAUGAGCUUUCCAUAAGCAGAUUAAUAGAAUGUAAUUUUUACUUUGAUUGGCUUCAAAGCAAGUAAAGAUUUUCAUUUCUUACACAAUGUGUGUUAAACAACAUCUGACACGGAACAAGUAAUGCAAGAUAAUAUCCCUU